GCAAGGGAUGGCAUGAACCGCAGGGACUGGCUUUCUCUGGUUGCCGUGCACAGUGAUUCGUGGCUACUUUCUGUGGCUUUUUAUCUUGGAGCUCGUCUUAACCGCAAUGAAAGGAAACGUUUGUUUGGCUUGAUAAAUGAUCUUCCUACUGUUUUUGAAGUUGUGACUGAGAGGAAGCCGGUAAAGGACAAGCCCACAGCAGACAGUGGAAGCAAAUCUAGGAGCAGCACCAAGAGAUCAAGUGAUGGGCAAGUUAAAAGCAACCCGAAGUUUGCAGAUGAAGGAUAUGAAGAGGAGGAUGACGAGCAUAGUGAAACCCUGUGUGGGAGCUGUGGCGGAAAUUACAAUGCAGACGAAUUUUGGAUUGGUUGUGACAUAUGUGAGAGGUGGUUCCAUGGGAAAUGUGUGAAGAUUACUCCUGCAAAAGCUGAGAGCAUAAAGCAAUACAAAUGUCCAUCAUGCAGCUUGAGGCGGGGCAGGCCCUAAGCGAGGGCAAUCUGAGAACUGAAUAAUACUGUUUCAUGGCCGACAAGAUACUGUUAUAUUGUUGCAUCUCCUACAGAAGUUUGUGUAAACAGUAUAGUAUCUAUGUCUGAUCAUAAUCUUUCAGAUUAAGUUAAUUUCUUCUACCCAGAUUAAUCAUCAGUGUAUGUUAUAUAAUUUAUAGAAUAGGAUACCUUACAUUCUAUUUUGUCGAUUAAUCUAUAUUUUGCUUGAAUUUA